GCUUGAUCUUGAAAUGGAGUCCAAUGAGCGAGAAGACGAGGCACUUUAGAUCCUGGACGAGAACCGGUCUUGGAAGUGGUGAAAGAAAUGUGCUCGUCCCCGAUCACGAUUUCAAGCUCCUGUCUGCCGACUCUGUCCGGCUGGGGCCAGAGCGAGUCGUCUUCCUGCAUUAUUUCGGAGUCCUGGAUGAUUCUUUUGAGCUCCUCCAUCACGCACUGAUGCACGUAAGCUUCCUUCCGGAUCAUCGUGUCGUUCUUGUAAUUCGAGUUGUUGGCAUAGCGGAGCUUGCCAUCAGGACGGAACUCAAACUCGAGGAACUCGUGCCCGAACUUUCCCUUGUGUCCGACGUAAAAAUGUUUGCUGGUUGGUUAACCGGAGUUAACCUUUGCAAUGCAAUUACAGUUUUCGGAGGAGACAAUAAUAAAAAUUUAUCAACAUUGGAAGAUACUUUAACGCCGUGCGGUGGGAAUAUUAAC